AUGAUUAAACACAUAUACAACAACAACAACAACAACAACAACAAAAAAUUACAAGAUAUACAACACAACAUAGAAUUGGAAACCCCAGAAGAACAUCUUAACCAAGAAAUCGAAACAAGGUUCGAUUUUGAAGAACGAUGUACAAUCAUAAAAACGAAACUUCUUGUAUUACAGAACAGAAAUAGUCCACCUGUACAACCAUCCACAUCACAGUCACAGACUAAUAUACCUAUACAGCCAGAGCGAGGUCCAAAAAUGAACUUUCAGCCUUUUCAAGAAACAGAAACAUUUAGAAAUUUUACGAAAAGACUUACUGUAUUUUUCCUCCUGAACAAGAUCGAAGACGCUAAAAUAAAGGUGUAUAUUUUACUUGCUGCUCUAUCCCCAGAAUUGCACGAGAGAUUACAUGAUUUGUGCUCUCCAGAAGAUCCGCUUAAUAUGAAUUUUGAAAAACUAACGAAAGUACUAGACGAUUACGUAGAUCCAAAACCUAGCAUAUGGGCGUUACAACACAAAUUUAUCACACGUUUACAACACGAAGAUGAAACAGUAGCAACAUACGCCUCAGAACUGAAGAAACUUUCAUUGAACUGUGAAUUCAAGUGCCAAAAUUGUCAAAAAUCUACCUUAGAAAGUUUCCUAUCUCUUCAAUUUAUUCGAGGAUUGAAGGACAGUGAUAUACGAACAAAAAUUAUUCAAGAACGAGAUACAUCACAAUUAUUUACAAAACUACUAGAUAUAGCUACGUCGAUAGAAAUGGGAAAAUCAGAAAAUAUUAAAAUAUCCGAAGACUUAUACAAACAUUCUGACACAGUACACAAAAUUUCGAGCUCGGCACAAAAACUCAACUAUCCACGUCCCGCAUCCUCACGACCAAGUAUAAUACAGCCGUCCGCUUCAUUAUCACCUUCGAUAACAAUAAGAGACUUAAAAGGGAGAUGUUUCCGAUGCGGUAAAAUCGAUCACAGAUCCAAUGCAUGUGGUGCAAUCAAAUCCACCUGCUUAAAAUGCAAGAAAACUGGUCAUCUGGUGCGAGUAUGCUUACAACGAAACUUAAACACCAAUCAAUUAGAUGAGAAUAGCAGUAACAUAAGUAUCGAAAGCACGGGAGAUAUAAACCUCAUUAAAAGCGAGAUAUCUGAAAAAUAUACGAUUACAGUUAAAAUAGAGAAUAAAAAUGUUUGCAUGGAAUUCGACAGAUCUCUUCGAACAAGAAAUAUAUGUUGA